UUGGAGGACCUGUGAAUUUGUCCUGGCUUUGCAUCUUCCUACCUGUUUUACUUCUCUCAGUUAUCACAUCUGUAAAAAGAGAGGGUUAGACUUGAUCUCUAAAGUCCCUUCUUCCUCUAAAUCUAUGAUAACAUAAAAGAUUUCCAUUACGAAUUUGUGGUUGUGGUAUAGGAACAGCAGCUUUUCUCUGCUGUUAACCAUAGCCACAAAGUCAGUAUUGGCCAUAGAUUCAUACAUCUGAAAGGGACCUCUGAGGUCAUUUAACCCAAUCCCUUCUGAACUGAGGUGCAGAGAAGUUGCCCAAGAUGGUACUGGUAUUAAGUGGCAGAAUGAAGAUUUGAACCCUGGGUCAGGGAGAGGCUUGGGUGGGUGCCCUUUCACUUCUGAGUGCAGUGCCAGAAAGACGUUGAAGAUAAUUUACUCUUCUGGUUAAAGUUGUGAAUAUAAAACAAGGGGGUUGAAUUAUGCCUUGUUUAUCCUUAAAAUAUCUCCUCCAGCACCUAGCAUAUUUCAUUGCACAGAAUAAGUACUUGAUAAAUGUUAAAGGAGUAAAGUAAUGAUUGCUGCCUUUUACUCUCAUCAGCAUUAAGAAAAGGCAGGACAUGAUCUGAAAUGGCCAACUUGGAACAUUUAACAGACCUGAUUGAAGUGGGCAGGCUUUGAUAAUUUUGACUGUUAUGAAUGCCACUGAGGGAUUCCUCAGGAGUCCACCAGAGGUUAUUAUGGCCAAGAAGCUCUAGUUUAAUGAGUUGAAACAGGUGGCCUGCUGGAUUUUGUUUGAGGAGAGGAGAGGAGAGAGAGUGGCUGAGCAGAGAUCUUUAUCCCUAUGGCGCCUGCCCACUUCCUAACAAGGGCCCCAGCUGGGAGAGCUCUCUAGGUACCAGUCACACUGCCCACAGUAAAUAUAUUGUCCUCCUUUUCACCAACAGAGGAUCAGAAAGAAUCAAGGAUAAUUUGCCAAGAGAAGAGAGAGAGGGAGAUCUGGUAUUUGUAUUCACGUAGCUGAAGAGUUUUCAUAGGAUAAUCUCUAAUAAUAGUAGCAGCUCACAUUUAUAGAAUGGUUCAAGGUUUGCAAGUCCCUUUAGGUGUUUACAUUUGAUACUUACAACCCUGAAAAGUAGGUGCUCUUAUUAUCCCAAUUUUACAGAUGAGGAAACUGAGGCAGGCCUGAGUGACAAGUUAAGUGACUUGCCCUGGGUUAUACGGCUAAUAUGCAUCUGAAGAAGGAUCUAAACUCAGGCUUUCUCACUUCAAGUACAGUACUCCCAAACUGGGAGAUUGUAGUAACUCUACCAUCUAGCUGUCCCAUGAAAGAGGGAAUGAAUGAACCCUAUCGCUUGGCCACUGGGGACGAAUUCGAGGGAUUGGUAGUUUAUGAAAGGCUUGCCUCAAGGAGUAACGAGUUCCUUUUCACCAGGAGGCUUUAAGCAGAUGUUUGGGGUGUUGCAGAAGGGAUUUCUGUUCAGGAGUUUGCUGGAUUAGAUGACCUCUGAGGUUUUCAUGAUAGUCAUUUCCCCAGACACCCUCUUAUUGUUGGAAACAUUCCAUGAUGUCAUCUUUCUCAGGCCUCUCCCUCAUUCUGUGUCAGUAUCUGGCACAUGGCAAAAUCUGAGCUAUGUUGGUAAAACAACCCAAUUAAACAAAUUCCUAGUAACUUGGGAAUAACUCAUAGCUUCCUCCUGUGUAUUUGCAUUUUAAAAGCAAUCUCUGAUUGAUUUAAUUUCAAGCAACCAGCUAGUAAGGCUAGGACCUAAUUGUAAUUUUUUUUUAAACCCUUAUCUUCUAUUUUGGAAUCAAUACUGUGUGUUGGUUCCAAGGCGGAAGACUGGUAAGGGCUAGGCAAUGGGGGUCAAGUGACUUGUCCAGGGUCACACAGCUGGGAAGUGUCUGUGGUCAAAUUUGAACCCAGGACCUCCUGGGUGUUACUGAGCCACCCAGCUGCCCCCCCCCCCAUAUUGUAAUUUUAUUCCAUUUGUUUGCUUCAUGAACAUGCUCCACAAUUAGGCUGUGACUAUCCUUUUUCUUUAGUCCUAUGUAGCACCAAGUGCUGGUAUCUGUACACAAUAAAUGCUUAUUUUAUGAAUGAAUGAUGGAUGGAGAGAGGAAUAAACAGGCAUAGAUAUCAGAUGGGAUGGACUAACCAUAAGUUUGGCAAGGGGAGAGAGUAUUAAAUACCCAAAAGUAAUUAAGUAGCACAGAGGAUCAAGUGCACUAGGGCUAGAGUCAAGAAGAUGAACUUAAAUCUGAUCUCAAAUGUUACCUUAAGUUACUUAACCUCCGUUUGCCUCAUGUUCCUCAACUGUAAAAUGGGAAUAAUAACUGCAUCUCCUCCCCAGGGUUGUGGCGAGGUUCAGAUAAAAUGUUUAUAAAGUAUUUAGCAUGGUGUCUGGCACAUGAAAUGUAAAAGCUUAAUAAAUGUUCAUUUCCUUCCUUCCUCAUUGUAUGGAUUAAUAAAAUGAUGGAUGGAUAAAUGGAAGGAUGGACCUAAAUGUCAUCAAGGAAAACACUGAAUAAACAUAAGUUGGGUAAUACAGUUAAAGAUCCAAAUAAUCUUGACCAUGAAUGAGCAUUGUAGGUUAUAUAAUUAAAAAAAGAAUAACACUAAGAUUUAUAAAUAGGUUGUUUUUAGUGUGAUAUGUGAGAAAAAUUGACACAGUCAGAGAAACCAAGCUUAAUUUUGGUUUGAGAUUAUUUUCCAUGUGACAUUGGGCAAAUCACAUAAUCUCUUUGCCCUCAAUUAAUUUAGUAGAAAAAUUGGGCUGGACUAGAGAACCUCAAAGGCCUUUUCCACCUCUAACUCUACAAUCCUAAUUAUGGCAUACAAGUCUCCUACAUAUCAGAAGCAGCAUGAUAUGGUAGAAAGAGCCCUGAAUUCAUAAUUAUAAGGCGUGAGUUGAGUCUCAACCCCAUUACUCACUCAUUAUGGGAUGCCAAAAAGAUUACUUAACCUUUCUAAGUAUCAAUCACCUCAUUUGCAAAAUGUGAUAAUAUUUAUCAUCCCAAUGAUAAUGAUAAUGACUUGUACAAAUGGUAAUAGUUAUACUACUAACCUCACAAGAUUAUAAGAAAAAUGUAUUUUUUGCCUUAAAGCUAUCUACAUAUGUGAGCAAUUAUUAUUUUUGCCCAAUAGAGUAUUGUGCCCAGUUUGUAGGGUUUUUGUUUUUACUGUUUGUUUUAAAAGGUAUAUAGAGAAAAUGGAGAGGCCAUUAAAAAUAUGCCAAAAUAAAUAAAACCAUUAUCAGUAACAUUUAUCAAGUACCUACUAUGUGCCAGGCACUAAAGCUUUGGAGACACAAAAAGGCAAAAAGAUAUAAUCCCUUGCCCUCAAGGAACAUGCAAUCUAAUAGAAGAGAGAACAUAUAAAUGAAUAUAUGCAAAGUGAGCUAUAUACAAGACAAAUGGAAAAUAAGUACAUAAAUAAAAGCACUGGAACUAAAAGGGGCUGAGGAAAGCUUCCUGAAGAUGGUAAGAUUUUUAAGUUGGGAGUUAAAAGAAAUCAGGGGAAUCAAUAGUUGGCGUGGAAGAUAGAGAGCAUUCUGGCAUGAGGAACAGCCAGAGAAAAUUCUCAGAGACAAGAGAUGGAAUGGCUUGUUUGUGUAACAGCCAGGAAGCCGGUGUCACUGGAUCAAACAGCAAACCAGAUAUUUCUUCUUGACCACAAUGCAUUUUUUCUUGUUUUUUGGGAAUGGGAAAAAUAAGUAUGGAAAAUUCUAUACACUGAGCCUGAGGCAGUCUGCUGUAGUGGAAAAAACAACGCAAGACAAUGGACUGGGGUCUGGAAUUUUGACUGAGCUUUGCCAUUUAGUAGUUAUGUGACUUUUAGGCUCAUCAUUUAAACUUACUGAACUUCAGUUCCCUCAUCUGUAAAAUAAGAGGAUUGUCCUUAUACCUAUUUCCACAAUAGUCUACCAUAUUGCUUUGCCCACAAGGUAAUGAAUAAAUGGUUUUUGAAUGAAUUACUGAUCUGCUAUAACCCUCCCAGCUCUAAAGUUUUAUAGUCUGGGGAAAAAGAUUCUAUUCUCUCCCUUCCCUGGUCUCUGCAUUCCUUGUUGUGUCUGCCCUGUACUCUUUCUCCUUCACAGAAUCUCAGAAUUGACAUGGAACCCUGAAUUAUCUCUACUGCCUACCCAACAAGCCUCUGCUUACAGACCUCCAGUGAGAGAGAGCCUACCACCUCCCAAGGCAGUAUAUUUCACUUUUAAAGAUAUCUCAUUGCUGAGAAAUUUUUCAUUUCAUUAAAUAUAAAUCUGCAUGUUUCCAAUUUCCAUUCAUUUCUUCUAGUUCUGGUAGUUUAUUAGUCCCCAUGGUAAAAAAGUAGGACCCAAGGCAGAACACAGCACUCUAGAUGAGAAGAGUUGUGUGGCUCCAUCUUUCUUGAUUGGUGAUGACCAUUACCACAUCCACCACGAACAGUGGUCCUCUCCUAUUUUGGACACUUCUCUUUUCUUUGUAAUUAAUUUUCUUCCUCCACCUCAACUCAUUCUGAAGUUUUACCUUUGGCACUAAUUUCAAGCCAUUGUGUUCAUGCUCUUUUUCUAACCUUUUUUUCCAUUUUUGUACCCAUAUUUUAAAAGAUUUAAGUUGAUCUGUAAGUUCCAUGUGCAGUCAUGAUUUUUAGAUAUCCUGUCCCCACUCCUCCCCCUCUUUUUCCUCCUCAUAACAAUUGUUUCCCUUUAGUUUCUCAACUCCAUUCUUCAGAACUUCCUCCUCCUGGGCUGAUUUCCCACUAUAGAAUUUGAGUCCAUGGGAUCCUACCUCUCUUUUAUCUGAAAGAAUAGUUCUAAGCCCCCUCUUCCUCUGUUGUAGAUUUCUAACUGGUCAUGGCAAUUCACAUGGCAUGUGUUCUGAAUGCCCCAUGGAGGGAGCAUAGAUCUGAUUGUUAUGUCCCCCCCCCAGUAUCACUAUAAGCUCCAUGAGGUAUAAAAUAGCAUGCCCACGUGUCAUUUUCCAUCUCCCUUAAUACUUAGCUCAACACUACAGCAUAUUAGUGGCGUAGUCAAUGGUUGUUCAAUCAGUCUGUAUCCUAGAGGGCAGACAACGCACUGGGUCUCUAUCUACUAGCACGAGAAAGAGUACCGAUAAUUACACAUAUUCCUAGCAGGUGCUCAGUGCUGGCCCAGUGCCUAGCCUAGUGCCAGGCACGUAGUAGGCAUUGGAUGCUGACUGAGUGACGAAGCCAUCUGUCCCAGCAGCUGAGGGAGGCUGAAGGUGAAGCAGUCUUCUCAUUCCAAUUUCAUGGGAACACUUGUAGAAGUGUUCUUGCUGGAGCUGCUUUGGAGGGGGUUUCCAGGUUUGCCUUUUUAAAAAACUACUGUCCUAUUCUUAACCACAGACUCUCCCUUCCCCAGGCAGGGAGAUUUCUCAGGUGCUAAUCUAUUGUUGAACAUGUAAACCCACACCACGUGUUGGCUCCCUCUGUGUAUGUGUGUGUGUGUGUGUGUGUGAAUUCUUGCGAGAGGACAUGAUAUCAGAGGCAAAGCCUUUUGUAGCUGGUACAAUUCCAAGAGAAUUCCUUGAAACCACCAAUGAGACAUGCCAAGGCAAGACUUUGAGCACAUUAAUUUGCAUUUGGGUUAUAUUGUCCUUAUAUUCCCCCAAGUACCUAUUAGAAUAUUUUUUUCUUUUAAAAAAUAGAUUUUGGGUAUCUUUUUUUUCCCCUAAAGCCCCUGCCUUCCAGCUUAGAAUCAAUAUUGUGUAUUGGUUCUAAGGCAGAAGAAUGGUAAAGGCUAGGCUUACCCAGGGUCACCCAGCUGGGAAGUGUCUGAGGUCUGAUCUGAACCCAGGACCUCCUGUCUUUAGAUUUGGCUUUCAAUCCACUGAGACACCCAGCUGUUCCCUUUGGAUAUCUUUUGCUUUCACAUUUCCUAGAUUUCUCCCUGUACCCCUCUUCUUUCUAACUAUCAGAGUUAUCCUUUCUAACAAAAUUUUUUUUAAGAAAAAGGAAGCUGAGAAAAACAAUUGGACAAAACCAGUAAUAGAAUGAAGAAAAAAAUCUAACAGUAUAUACAAUAUUUCAUUCCAUAGAAACUCUACCUCUCUGCAAAGGAGGGAAUGAAAUGUUCUCUCAUGAUAUAAUAUUUUUUUAUUUUAAUUUUUCAAUUUAAAAAAUUUUCCAUGGUUACAUGAUUCAUGUUUUUCUCCCUCCCUUCAUUCCUCCCCCCUCUUGGAGUUGAUAAGCAAUUGCACAGAGUUAUACACAUAUAUAUACAUACAUACAUAUAUAUAUAUAUCACUUGAACCUAUUUCUAUAUUAUUCAUUUUUGUAAAAGAGAAAUCCUUUAAAACCCAAACCCUAAAUCAUAUACCCAUAUAAACAAGUGAUGAAUCACAUGUUUUCUUCUGUGUUUCUGCUCCCACAGUUCUUUCUCUGGAUGUGGAUAGCUCUCUUUCUUAUAAAUCCCUUAGGAUUGUCCUGGAUCAUUGCAUUGCUAUUAGUAGCAAAGUCAAUCACAUUUGAGCAUCCCACAGUGCUCUCAUUGUGUAUAAUGCUCUCUUGCUUCUACUUAUUUCACUGUGCACCACAUGAUACAAUAAAUUUAAUAAGAUUUAGAGUUAGAGUUAGAAGGAACCUUAGAGAUCAUCUAGGCCAAUUCCCUUUUUUAUCAAAAAGGAAACGAGGCCCCAUAAGGUUAAGUGACUUGCCAAAGGCACAUUUCAAAGGCUGAAUUUCAACUCAGGUUGUCUAAAUCCAAAGCCAGUGCUUUUUCUACAGUGUCAUGAUGCCUGUCAUAUUCAGAUAGAAUCCAUUAUCUCUUCUGAAAAUUAUCUGUGUUGUAUAUUAUCUAACUAAAUUAAGAGUUUUUAACUUUUGUGUGUUAUGCUCUGCUUUGGCAGCCUGGUUAAGUCUAUAGACCCUUUCUCAGAAUAUUUUAAAUGGAUAAGAGAUACAGUAUUAGAGAGGAAACUAAUUAUGUUGAAAUUUAGGUAUCAAACGUGUUUUCUUUAAGUUUAUAGAUACCAGGUUAAGAAGCACUGAUCUACAGUAAUAAUAAUAACUUGCUAUUAUAGAGUGCUUAAACGCUUACAAAAUACCCAUUAAAACACGAUAGGGAGUGAAUGUAUUACUAGUCUUGUUUUUCAGAGGGAGAAAUAGAGGCUCGAUGAGGUCACCUGCCUUGCCUGGGUACCAUAACUUAAAAAAUGACAGAUCUGGGACUUGGAAAUGGGACACUGCUCAGGAUCACUGAUUUAACAGCCAAAAAAAGCUGAUAUGUAUUAAAAGGGACAUCAUGUUAGGAGCUAGAGACGUGAUGGCACCACUGUCACCUUGCCUGGUCUUUACCCAUCUGAAGUAUCAUGUUGGGUUUUGGGUGCCACAUUCCAGGAAGGGCAUUGAUUAAGAAUUGAAGUCUAAGAUGGAGAAGAGUAGACUAAAGAGGCAUGGUAGUUGACUUGAAUAUUUGAAUGACUAUGGGUGGGAAAAGGCACUAGAAGCAAUAGCUGGAAGUAACCUGAAGGUAAAUUAAGGUUGAAAUCAGAAAAGACUUCCUAACAGCUUGAACUAUUCUAAAAUAGAAUGGAUUGUCUUAGAAGAGAGACACUUUCCCCUCAUUAGAGUUCUUUCGUUAGAGUCUAUAGGGAAGCAGCAAGGUAACACAAUGGAAGGAGUAGCAGGUCUGGAGUUGGGAGGACCUGGGUUCAAAUCUGUCCUCAGAUACUUCCUAGGUGUGUGACUUGGGGUAAAUCACAACUGAGUUCAAAUCCAGCCUCAGACACACACUAGCUGUAUGGUCUUGGGCAAGUCAUUUAAUCUUGUUUGCCUCAGUUUCAUCAUCUGUAAAAUGAACUGGAGAAAGAAAUGGCAACCCACAACAGGUGCAAAGAGAGCUCCAAAUGGGUCAUAAAGAGUCAGACACAACUGAACAACAAAUAACAAUUGAGGGAGAGUGGAGCUCAGCCUUUGUUCCAACAAUCCCAGAUGGAACAAGCAGAAUCCGUCCCCAGCAUCUGGCCCCCCUCCCUGCAGCAGGCAGUUAAAGCAUUUCCUUAAUUCAGAUGAACUGCUGAAAGAGGGUCAUCCAUACACAGUGAUCCUGUUCCUUUCCCCAAUCCUUACCAGCACAAUGGGUCAGUGUCUGAGACUCAAGAUGUGCCUCCCCAGUGAGGAGUGAAGCCUCUGCUAACUGCUCAGUGGAAAAGUUGUCAAUAGCAUUUGUUAAGCACCUACUAUGUUCAGGGAUACAAGGAAAGGAAAAGCUUCCAGCUGAAGGGGAGAGACAAUAAGAGAACCACUACGGUCAGAAGGUUCUCCAGAGACGAUGACCAGAAGUCCCAGACCUUAGAGUCAGUCGUCCCAAAGAAGUCUUCGGGUCCAACUCAUCCUGCAACAAACAUCCCCGAUAUAACACAAGGAACAGGAGGAGGUCCUGCAGCCUUGAAUGUUUUUUCUUUUUAAUCCUAAUCUUUUUAGUGUGAAUUUUAAGGCAGAAGAGCAGUAAGGGAUAGGGAAUUCCAGUUGUGACAGCUGGAAUAAAGGGUUUGAGGAAACAAAUUCUAAUUUGCUUCAUCAUCUCCUGGAUUUUAAAUUUUAGUAAAAUUCAAAAGACAAAACAAGAAAGAGAAUCAGGAUUUGUAAGCACCUAUUGGGUGCUGGGCACUGUGCCAGGUACUUUAUAAAUAUUAUCUCAUUGUAAUCUUCAUAGCAACCUGGCAAAGUAGGUGCUAUUAUUUUUCUCACUUUACAGUUGAGGAAACUGAGGCAAGCAGAUGUUGAGUGACUUGCCCAGAGUCACCCAGCUAGUAAGUGUCUGAGGUUGAAUUUGAACUCAGGUCAUUCUGACUCUAGGUCUAUCUAAUGCUCUGUCCAUUGAGCGACCUGACUACCAGGAAAUGAUUGUGCUCCUUCCAGCUGUGCCCCAAGCUGUAGACAGAUUCUGAGUGGCCUGAAGUAGAUAACACUAUUUUCUACUCAGAAGGACAAUGGGAAUGGAGCCCUUCAGAAGUAUGCCAACCCAGGAUAAGCAGCCUUAAAUGAACUAGCACCCACACCACCCAUCUCCUUUCCCCUAAAGAUACCAUAUUUGCUAGAAAUAGAAAUUGACUGAAUAAAAGCCUCUUUGGAAAAAAUAAUCAAGAGAAUGAGCUAGAGAAUGAUAAAUACAUAGUUCGUGAAAUUCCUUUGGUAAAACUCCUCAGAGGAUAAACUUCUGAACCUGCCAAUUCUAUCUUGUGUGUGUGUGUGUGUGUGUGUGAGUGUGUCACUAAUACAUGGUAAGUUCAUUGGAGAGGCACCAAAUGAAGGACUUUCUUUUCAGACCUCAGUUUGAAGAUUAUUACUGGCUUAGGAAAUGAAGAAAGACCUUUAAGGUGGGAGCAUUUGAGAUGAACUUUUCAUCAGUUGAAAAAAAAAAAGAACAUUCUAGGCUUAGGGAAUGGCACAAGCAAAUCAUAGAUCUCAUUUAUGUGGCCCUCUAAGGUUUGCAAAGCUCUUUCCUCACUCAGAGGCACAGAGACAGGGAAGAAAUUAGUCUCUUUCACUGGAGAAUAAAGAUAUAUGUAAGGGACUAAGAUGAUAUGUCUGAAAAAAUAAGGUGAUCCCAGAUGAUGGAGGUUUGAAUGCCUGACUGUUACUUAGCAUGUUAUUGGAAGUCACUGAAGAUACCUGAACAGAGGCAGAUAGAAAAGCAAUCUGAUUUGCUGCCAAAAUCUUCCAUGAAUAUUGCCUCUCCUGGUAGAAUGUGAGCUCCUUGAGGGCAGGGAUUGUCUUUUCAAUUUUCACUGAUUAAAUGGAAGAACUUGAUAAAUGCUUUAUUCCUUUGUUCAUACCUUUUCAAGUUUAUUCAGGUGUCUCUUCCUCUUCUUAGUUAGAAUGAGCAAAAGUGAACAAGAUAUACUUGCCAACGUGCACACAUAGGUCCUUGUAUUUUGAAGUAGCAUGACUGUUCAUGGAGUAUGUAUGGUGCAUGAGAUAUAUUUUUGUGUGUGAGAAAAAGGCAGAGGUGGAACCCACAGUUCCAUUCAUCCCAAUUCACAUUUUACAUUGUGGUCAGGGGAGGAAAAUACUCAUACCACAUUUGUUCAAAUGAGUCAUCAAUACUCACAGGAACUUUUUAAAGCAUUACAUGGUCAAGUUGCACAGCUAUGAUGAUAAUACACCCUUAGGUUUUAGCUGAAGAAAGAGCUGUCCAUCCAUCAAUAAAGUGGAUCAAAUGACUAUGUGAUAUGCUCCCUGGAUUGAGUUUUAUGAAGGAAUAAAAGAGAAAAUGAUAUUUCUGCCUUUGUGAGGCUCCCAGUUUGAUGGAGACAAAGCACCUAUUCUUCCUUCUUUAUGUUUGUAUCUCUAGUGCCAAGCAUGUGUAGGCAUUUAAUAAAUGUUUGCUUGUUGGUUGAUCCUGAGAACACUUAGUUUAAUAAGGACCAGGUAUGAAAUCUGCUUUUUGAAGACCUCUUAAAGUGAGAGAAAAGCUUCUGAAGCCAACCUCAGAAUCUCCUACUCUAGUCAAUUAUUCAGCAAGCAUUUAUUGAGCACUUACUAGCACUAUGGUGGAUGUUGUGAGGGAAUAAAAAAAAAGUAUUUGAUGUUAAGAUAGUAGAGAAGAGAGAAAAGCAGAACGAGGACCAGAGGUAGAAGAGAUCAAGAGUACAGUUUACAUAGGAUCAAUAUAGAGUACCUCAAAGGUUUUCCCUGUGAUUAUCAGGGCAAUUGGAAUGUCAGAAAUUGUAUUUUGGUAAGCAGGGGGAGCAGUUAUGAGAUUAGUUUGAUGUAAUGGAUAGAGCCUUGAACUUGGAGUCAAGAAAGCAUGAGUUAGAAUCCUACCCUAGACACUUACUGGAUAAGCCACUGUAGGCAUAUCACUUAACAUCUCAACCUGUUUUCUCAUCUAUAAAAUGGAGAUAAUCAUAACACCUACCUCAAAAGCAUUGUAAAGUUUGAAAGAUAUAUCUGUAAAGGGCUUUUCAAAUCUUAAAAUCCUAUUAUUAUUACAUAGUAAAAAUAUAUUCCUAGGAAAACUACGAGCCCCCAUGCACAACCCUCUAUGCAGAAUUAUGCCAGUGUUGAUGGGGACUGAGCAAGUAUCUCACAGCCUCUGAUCAUUGUAGUUACCAAUGAAGGGAGAAAUCCUUGUGGAAUAGUGGCUCACUGCCCUCAUGACUACCACUACCAAUUGCAGUCCAAUGGGAAGAUAGGCACAGGAGCCCUGAGAGUGGCAGCACCCCUAGACCAUCAGUCUUGUUUCCAGACCAGCCCUAGUGGCCAUCCCUCCUGUUAACCAAGUGCUACCCAGAGAUGAGGGAAGCCAGGGAGGAAAGAGACAGAAGGCAAAAUGUGCCAGGCAAGUCUAACCACCACUACCACCUUGGCUCAGACUCUGCUAGAGAUCACCUAGGACCCAUGGGACUUGGGAAAAGCAGUCUAGCCUAGUGUCCUCAGCCAUCAUUCUGGGAAGCAACCCUCAUGAAGAUUAAGCCUGGCAACCGUUUCUGUAGGGGCUACAGCCACAUCUUUUGAAAACAACCUUUCUCUCCUCCCCACCAAAACUCUUGCUACCAAGAACUUGGCACUGAUAAAUACUUUAACAUCAGAAACUGAAAUGAUUUUAUCUGUGAAAAUGACAUUAAAGAAAAAAUAUUGUCAUCGACUUUGCUGUUAUACCCUAGGAAUCAUGAAAACUUUCCAUCUGAUUUGCAGCUGAAACUUUCCAUAGGUAUUGUCUUCACCCUUAGAAUGUGAACUCCUUAAGAGCAGGGAUUGUUUAAUUUUCUAUCUAUACUUUUCUAUUCCUGUUGCUUAGCACAUUGCUUUGACUAUAAGAAGUGUUUAAUUAAAUGUGUUAUUGAUUCAUUCAGUCAUUCAUAUGGGAUAACAAAUUCAUAUUUAUACAUGGCCUAACAAUUGUAAUUCUUAGCAUGCUUUUCCCUUUUUCUGUCACAGUGACACUACUUAUGUAAGAGAAGUCAGGGCAAUUCCAUAGCAUGUUGUGUGGACUUCUUGUGGUAAAUUUAGUGAAGAGCAUGAACAAGAAUGUCAGAAAAUGAGCAGUUCUGGAUGGGCUGUGAUCCGUCUUGUAGGAGGAAACAUCCAAUCAUUUGGACUAUCCAGUUGUAAGAGGAAACAUCUAAUCAAAACACCCAACAUUUGUGUAUUUAGUUAUACAUACAAAUAAGAGCAAAAUAUGUUAAACUUGGAGAUUUUAAAGGAUUUUGUGUAUAAUGAAUAAUCAAGAAAAAUAUGGAAAUAGGUGGUUUUAAGAAUUGCAGUUAAGGGGGCAGCUGGGUGGCUCAGUGGAUUGAGAGCCAGGCCUAGAGAUGGGAUGUCCUGGGUUCAAAUCUAGCCUCAGACACUUCCCAGCUGUGUGACCCUGGGCAAGUCACUUAACCCCCACUGCCUAGCUCUUACCACUCUUCUGCCUUGGAACUUAUUGGUUCUAAGACAGAAGGUAAGGGUUUAAAAAAAAAAGAAUUGCAGUUAAGCUAUCCACAUCCAGAGAAAGAACUGUAGAAACAGAAAGCAGAAGAAAAGGAUAUGAUUGAUCACAUAGUUUGAUAGGGAUAUGAUUAGGAUUUUGAUGUUAAAAGAUCACUCUAUUGCAAAUAUGAAUAACAUGGAAAAAGUUUUUGAACAAUAAUACAUGUAUAACCCAGGGGAACUGUUUGUCAGUUUUGGGAUCGGGGAGGAAAGAGCUAGGAGGGUGGGGAUCAUGAAUUAUGUAACUGUGGGAAAAUAUUCUAAAUUUUAAAAAAAUCUAAAAAAAACGGUUUGCAGGUAAAACAUAACUUUCCUUUGGAAAACUGAAAAAUUCAGAGAGAAAAAAGUUGGAUUUUAUAAAACUCAGAAAUGAAAUUAAAAACUCCAGAUACAAGAUUUUUUUGGUAGCAGUUGGAAUCAAGUGUUCCAUAUAUAGAUAUAUAGUUUUUGGAUGGUUUCACUUAAUAAUAAAUCUAUAGCAAGUAUUUUAGUUCCCAUCAAUAAACCCAAAAAAGGAUAGUCUAUUGAAGAAGGGUAAAAAAAAUAGGCUAUUGUUAGGACCACCUAACCAGACUAAUAUACAGACAAGAUAUUUUAAUACUUAACAUUCAAGUUAUUUGCCUUACUUGACCAGUUGAUUAAAGAGUACAUGACAGACACUAAAAUCUAACAGGUAAGGGAAUUUUAAAAAUCUUUAAAUUGAAAGGGACUGUAGAGAUCUCCUCAAUUCUGUACCUAUGUUGAUUGAAAAGAAUUUAAAUGUUGGGCUUUACAUUUGAACCUGUUAAAAUGUCAUCUGGUUUUUGCCCUUCAUUCUAGUCUUUCUUCCUCUUUUAACAUUCUUUUAAAAUUCUAUCAUCCAGUGUAUUAACUCUUCCAGCUAGUUUUUAAUUAUAUGCUAACUUUAUAAAUGAAUUUUAUGGCUUCUUCUGAGUUGUUGAUGAAAAUGAUUAAUAAGCUAAAGUAAAGGCUUGUGGCAUACUAUUAGAGUACUGUUUCUAGGAUACAUCAUUAAUCAAAAAUCUUUGCGUCUAGUUAUCCAAUUAAUACAAAUUUGCCUAAUUUAACUAGCACCCAGUCAACACUUCUCCUCUUCCACAAGGAUAUCAUGUUUCUAUCAGUUAAAAUCGUAAAGGAAUUUGGAAUAAAAGGGAAAACCAAGGUACAAAUAUGAUCUAUUUACAUAAAUCAUCCUUUAUAAUAACUUCAAUUAUUUCUUUGGUAGACUAUUAUAAAUUACUAUGUUUUAUCUUAUCUGUCCAUUUACAUGCCAAACUUGAAGUGAGGAAGACCCAAGUUCAAAUCUUGCCUCAUUCAUUUACUAGUUGUGUGACAUUGGGUAAGUCAUUUAAUCUCUCCCAGCUUCAGUUUCCACACCUAUAAAUUCAGGAUAAAAAUGGCAUCCAGGGUUGUUGUAAGGAUAAAAUUAUUAUUAUUUGUGGGUGAUAACUAAUAACCAGCUCAGGUGACCCUUCUUGAAAAAAAAAUACACAGACACAAUGCAUAUAAUUCUUUUUAUUGCUUUUGCUUAUUAAAAAAUAACUCUGGAUAGUUUAACAUGUGAUAGUGGCAGGUUCUAUGUAAUUACAGUUAUGUAUUUUAGAAAUAAAAAUGAGAUAUUGAAAUAAUUCAUUUUGUGUAUUAAAAAGUAAAAAUUUAAUCAAAAUGCUUUUUUUCUAGACAUAAAAAUCUAAGCAAAUCUACCUAUAAAAAUUAAAAUUAACUUUGCUAGAUUUCAAUAUAAGAGUCCAUAACUAAUAUGUUUCUCCUUCCUCCAUCCCUAGCACUGCUAUUCCUCUUCAGAGUUAAGAUUUUUUAAAAUGUUAACAUUUCAUAAUGUUAACAUGUUUCUCAUUCUACAUCAUCUUCAAUCAAACUUUGCAGAUUAAACAAUUUGCGGCUAGUUAUUGGUUACUUAGAAGCAUCGGGAAUAUCGGUGGUAGAAAUAUCUGCUGUAAAACUUGUAAUAACUGCUACAGCUACCCACAGGAAGCAGAGGCAUUUGGUCAGAUGGUUGAAACCUUUUUAAUAUUCAGUCUGGGCUAGUGAUUCCUUACCAAGCUGCGUCUCUUUAAGAAAGAACUUCUGAACAGCCCUAGCUGUUGGGUAACUUUUUUAGUAAGUUUAUGUUUCUAUCUUUGCUUUUGUGAUCUGUGUUUUCAAGUUGGAGUGUUCAGUGCAGAAGCCACUGAACAGGGCUCUGCACGUGGCCGGUGAUAGUGUUCCUCCAUGUGCAACCUACCAUGUUUCCUGCUGCUGGAGGUGAUAAUUCUAUUCUUUAUCUCAUGGUUCAUUUAUUUAACUAAUUGUCGGCUGUCUUCAUUAGAGCGAUUAAUACUCUCCAGCCUCAUGAUUUUUAAACAUUUUCAUGUAAAAAGAGACCUUAAUGAGAAAUAGUAAAUAAAUCAUUAUAAAGAAGUGGGAAAAAGGGCUUGAAUUCUUUUGGUGUUGAUCUAUGGGCAUGUUUUCUCCCCCAGCAUGGCAUCCUUGACCUCUGCAGAAUAUGGGAGUGCCUCUGGCGACUUCCUCCCUCAGAAUUCUAGUAGUUACAUAUCCUUGGACUUUGAACCCAACAUUGACUACCAGUUUGUGGAACAAUUAGAAGAACGUUAUAAAUGUGCAUCGUGCCAUUCUGUUCUUCACAACCCGCAUCAGACUGGCUGUGGACAUCGAUUCUGUGAGAACUGUAUCCUAUCCUUGAGAGAAUUAAAUACAGUAUCCAUUUGCCCGGUAGAUAAAGAGAUUAUCAAACCCAAGGAGGUGUUUAAAGAUAAUUGCUGCAAACGAGAAGUCCUCAACUUACAAGUUUUUUGCAAAAAUGCUCCCCAUUGUGCUGCCAAGAUGAUUCUGGGGAGAUACCAGGAUCAUCUUCUACAGUGCUUAUUUCAAUCUGUGCAAUGUUCUAAUGAGUGUUGUCAGGAAAGAAUCCUUCGAAAAGAUUUGAAAAACCACCUGGAAUUACACUGUCAGUUUCGAGAGGAAAUGUGCCCAUAUUGUAAUAAGGAUGUAGUGAUUAUCGAUUUACAGAAUCACAAGGAACAAUUUUGCCCCAACUACCCUGUAUCUUGUCCCAAUAACUGUUUACAGAUUAUUACAAGAACUAAGGUUAAUGAGCAUAUUUCUGUGUGUCCAGAGGUGGAACAAGAAUGUGCUUAUAAGCAUUAUGGCUGUCCUGUAAAGGACAAAAGGAGUAAUCUUAAGAAACAUGAGAAUUCUGCCUUGAGAGAACACAUGCUCCUGGUUUUAGAAAGGAAUUCCAGGUUAGAAGAACAGAUUUUUGACUUACACAAGAACUUAGAAUUAAAAGAAAGUAAAAUUCAGCAGUUAAGUGAAACUGUGAAGAAAUUUGAAAAGGAAUUUAGACAGUUUGUACAGCUAUUUGGCAAAAAUGGUAACUUGCUGGCAAGUACUCAGGUUCUUGCCAGUCAUAUUGAUAAAUCAGCUUGGUUGGAAACCCAAGUAAGAGAGUUAUUGGAGUUGGCUAACCAGCAGGAAAACAAACUUGAUCUAAAACCCUUGAUCAAUACAAUUGAUACGAUAAAGCAGAAGAUCACUCUGCUGGAAACCUAUGACCAGAGAUUGGUCACUUUGGAAGGCCAGACUAACAGACAUGAUGUCCACAUUAAUGUUCAUAAAGCCCAGCUGAAUAAAAAUGAAGAACGAUUUAAAAUGCUAGAAGGUACUUGUUAUAAUGGCAAAUUGAUAUGGAAGGUGACAGACUACAAGAUGAAAAAAAAAGAAGCCACAGAAGGACGCACAGUAUCCAUAUUCAGCCAGCCUUUCUACACCAGCCGCUGUGGCUACCGACUCUGUGCAAGAGCCUACUUGAAUGGGGAUGGGUCAGGGAAAGGAACACAUUUAUCAUUGUACUUUGUGGUGAUGAAAGGAGAAUUCGACUCAUUGUUGCAGUGGCCUUUCAAGCAGAGGGUUACCAUGAUGCUUUUGGACCAGAGUGGGAAAAAAAACCACAUUACAGAGAUCUUCAAGGCUGACCCCAAUAGCAGUAGCUUUAAAAGGCCUGAUGGAGAGAUGAACAUUGCAUCUGGUUGCCCUCGCUUUGUGGCUCAUUCCACUCUGGAGAGCACCAAAAAUACCUAUAUCAAAGAAGAUACACUAUUUAUGAAAGUGGUUGUAGAUUUAUCUGACCUGGAGGACCUGUAAGAAGUACCUGGAUUCAUUGUUGCUAUGAUGAGAGAAGCUCUUGAGUUCACAACAGUGAUGGUCAGAUUCAGUUGCGAGAGUGAACCCAUUUCUAAUGUAUGUUUAGAUUUUUUUCUCUUAAUAUUUAAAAGCCAUUCAAAAAUACCAAAAUUUUAGCUCAUCUUUUCUUCUCAGUAGACUGAAUGUAAUGCCUUGUUUCGAUUGUUAGACCCCUUACCCUAUUCUUUUCCAUAUUAUUAUUUAUCUUUUAAAGUAUAUAUCUUUUCUAUCUAAUUAAAUUGUGGUUUUCUUGAGGGCACUUCUCAACUCCAGCAACUAGAAAGGUGCUUCUUACUUAUGUUUGUUGAUGAUGUUGCUAAUGAUAAUGAUAAGGUAAAAAUGGUUCUCUAGACCUGACUUUGCAACUGAAGAAAUACUAUUCAUGGCAAGUUAUUCAUUUUGUAAAUGAAUAAUUUUAUUAUAAGAUGCCCAACUAACCAGACUCUUUUGGACAGUAUGCUAAACCUAUGACUACUUGGACUCUAUUAAAAUUAUUAUGAAGCUUCAGUAAUCUAUAACAUAGAAGUAUAACCUAGGGGAAGGAAAGAUAAAUGGAUUGAACAUUUUCUCUUUCUUUCCAGAGUGGAGGAAAAAAGAUGCUAAAAAGCACAAGAAUAAGAUUAUAGGGAGGUGUGUCCUGCUAAUAUGUUCAUCCUCUAUAAAAUGAAAAUGAUUUUAUUAUAACCUUUAAGUUGGAGAUUGAGAACUUGAGAAUUAGUAGGAUGAGAAACUCUUUGAAAAUCUAAACUCAGUGACGUGGGAGAUUGGGAGAAUAUAAGAUGGGGAAAAAAAGAAUGAAGAUAAUGAUGGCUAUUUGGCAAAAGCUAGGGAUAAUAAAUGGGCAAUCCAUGUACCACUGGUAUCUUUGCAGCAUCAAGAGAAAGCCAGGGAGAUCCUCAACAUACUGAAAAGAUUCUCUGUUGUGAAUAUAUGGGUGGACAUGGUCAAGAGGAUGGUAAGGCCUGGGUGGACUGGGUACCUCAUUAGAUGAGAUCACAGAUGCAUUUGAGUAUUGUUGAAGAAAAUGAAGUGAGGAGAUUCCAAAAGGGCUCUAAGAUGAAAGAUCAGUUUCACUUGAGCACUGAGACUGAUUUUUAAAAUAGUAUACUUAUCUCAAAUAUUGAUUUCAAAAAGUGAUGUAUUUUUUGAGGGGACUUUGGAAUUCAAAGUAUGAUAUAAUGAAUAUUGUACUGGGCAUGGGGUCAAGAAAAUCUGGGUUCAAAUCCCAACUCGAACACUUAUUAACCAUGCAACUAUGGACAAGUCAUUUAAUCUUUAUGAAUUUCAGUCUCCUUAUCUGCAAAAUGGAAAUAAUACCUGUAGUACUCUACUUCAUAAAAUUGUUAUAUGUAUAUACAUAUACACAUAUGUGUAUAUAUAUAUAUAUAUAUGGUUGAAAUAAGAUGACAUAUCAAAUGUUUGGCAUACCACAAGAUGCUAUAAGGAUUUCAGUUUUUAUUAAAUAAAAAUGGCCAUGAUAUAAAUGCAUAAAACUUAUUACCACCAUCCUUAAUUAUUUCAAACAUAUUACUGCCAGGAAUUUUAUAAGGAAUGGAGGAUACAUAUUCUCAUCAACAUGUAUAGUUCUAAAAGUAGAUAUCAAUCUGGAUAUAAUGGAAAGAAUAUUUAGUCCUUCUGCCAAAGAAUGGCACUUUUGUUGACUGCAAUGUUUCCUGUAACCUUGGUGCCAUAUCAUGGAUUUUCUUAUGUUAAAAUCUUUUUGUUUUUACAAAUGCAUGCAAAGGAAAAUAUUACAUUCAAAAGAUAACUUUUUGUUAGAAAGUAAAUAGCUCAUUGGGUAUAAAGGUAGCAAUGGCCUGCCAAAUAAUAAUUGCAGUACCAACUUUAAGAAAUGUUAUGUAAAUGUUUUCUGAGAUGGAUAGAACCAUAAUCACUUCCUGUAAAAUCAUUAAGAUGUUUAAAAGAGUUGUAAAGCAAUUAUUUUUUUAAAGGGUCAAACUAUUUAUAAAGACAUAUGGAAACAACAGCCUUUUACUGAAGAAUCCCUCUGUAACUUCUGGUGAAUUGUGUUAUUUUGUAGAUUUAUAAUGUGAACAGAUGCUUUCAAACAGACUUUGAAAGCAUUUUAUUAUUUUUUGAUUCAUAUUAAGCCCUGGUGGCUGCAAUUAUUUAUGAUGAUUUUUCAAUGUUUUUUAUCACGUUUUUUAAAUCACAGUUGUCUGUUCUAUAGGGUCAUGAAAACAUGUUUAUAAUGGGUUUGCUGUAAGCAAAAAACAAAAUUUUGACAAAAAAGCUCUUAUUUUCAUCAAACUGUGUAAAAAGUCUGAUUUUUAACUGAUUUGUUUAUUGAUUCAAAGUGCCAUUCAUCAACGAUAAAAAGAAUUAUGAUAGAAAACAUCAUUUUUGUUAAAAUAAAAGUGGCCUGUGUUUUGAAUAAAA